UGAAAAGCGACGGAGCAGAGGCAGCCAGUGCGUCCGCGGCCGUCAACCACACCUUGUCGGGGAAAGCAACUCGCGAGAGACACGCGCGCAUCCACGCACACAUAUAUACAUAUACACACACACCUCUCGGAAAGCACCCCGUCGCCGUCGUUCGACCGGUCGUUUCGCUUUCGACGCGGUCUGCCUGUUGCGGGACGGCUGAUUCGUCGAAGGAAGGAUCGUCACAAGUGCAAGACGGAUAAUUGACAAGGGCCUGUAGAAGAUGGACGUAAAAGGGCGAGUUGCCCUGGUGACGGGCGCCGCUUCCGGUAUCGGUAAAUCUUGCGCCGUAGAAUUAUUAAACGAAGGCGCGAUGGUGUCUAUAUGCGAUAUAAACUCAGAAGAGGGUGAAAAAUUAGCGGAAACUUUGUCUACGGAACAUGGGAAAGACCGUGUGAUCUUCUGUCAAUGCGACGUCACAGACUAUUCGCAGUUCGAGGAAUCGUUUCAAACAACGUUCGCGACGUUCGGCCACAUCGAUAUCGUUGUUAAUAACGCUGGAAUAAUGAACGAUCGAUUUUGGGAACUGGAAGUGGACAUCAACGUUAAUGGCGUGAUCCGCGGAACUUUGCUCGCUCAGCGAUUUAUGGGGACGGACAGGGGUGGCCAGGGCGGAAUAGUGGUUAAUAUUGGAAGCAACGUCAGCAUCAACCCUUAUGCGAGUGUUCCAAUUUACUCUGCUACCAAGGCGGCAAUCGUCAACUUCACCAGAGCGUUCGGGCACCAAUACCAUGUGGACUUAACCGGCGUGAAGGUGAUGGCAUUAUGCCCCAGCGCGACAGAUAGCAAAUUAUUAGGAGAUGUCAGUAAACAAUUGCUCUGGGCUAGAUACGUAGACGCUUGGCUCCGUGACGUCGCCAGUUCAGUUCCUCAAAGAUCAGAGCACGUGGCUAAAGCGCUGAUCCAGAUCCUAAACACAGGCAAAAGUGGAAGCGUCUGGCUGGUGGAGAAGGACCAGCCUGCUCACGAGAUCACAUUCCCGAAAAACUAAGAUCCUAACUGUUAUGAUUCGCGUGAAUUUACUCGCUUGAAUUCAAAUAGCUGUGCCGUACCAUAAAAAAUUUCUCAUCAUCGCUACAAACACGCAAAAAAGAAAAGGAAAACGAAAUUGCAAUUCAAUAUCAGUUCAAUUGCAAUUCAAAUUUUACCGGAGAUUCUAGUUAACGAUCUAUAGAUCGAUCAUCGAGGAAGCGCGAAAUGCUAUGCGGGAUCAAGAACACGCAUUUAAGUGUAAGGAUGCAUCAGUUGUGUUGCCAAAGAUUACAGAAGGCAAUUAGUACGAUAAGAACGUUUAUUUCUACGUUGUUAUACGUUCGUGUUAGAUUUAGAGAGAAUAAAGAUCGUUCUAAUCAUAAUAUGAUAAUUUAACGGGAUUCUCUCGAGCGUCCGUUCCUAUUUUCCUUCGAGAGUGUACUCGAUGGGAAUUCACAGGAAAUUUUUCAAUAAUGGCACGUCACGAUGUUAAUCGAAAGAAGCAAAUGAUAAUCUAUACAUCAAGAAGUCACGCAUUGUUGUAAGUUUUUCAUUAACGCGUUUAUCGCCACGUUAUUUAUACACGUUACAUAAAAAUCGAGCACUUUCUAUGUUACCCUGUAUUCAUUUAUUACAACAACCACGUGAUUGAAAAAUAACGAUGUAAGCAGUUCAAGAAAAACAAGUUUAUAUAUUUUAUACGAAUCGUUCUUUCUAUAACAGUACGUGGAAAGGGAGAAUUAUCGCAAUAAAUGAGCGAUAUAUGUUUAACGUUUAUCAUUUCUACGAGAGUCCUAGUUCAUUUCAGACGGAUAACGUAACUAGGGAAACAUCAAUUGUUUGAGAAAAUCGAUUCGAAACACACGAUUGUUAAUUACUCAAUCGUUUUAACAAUGAAAAAUUUCGCCUGCUUUUAUCGUUUGAUUAAUAGUUCUCAGAUUUUUAUAGUUUUUAUGAAUUGGGAUAUUAUGAUAUAAUUGAAUUGAAUAAUCGUGUUACGUCUAUCUUAGCGAGUAGUUCGCUUUUUUGAAAAUUAAUGGUUCUGACAAGCUGAUAGAAAAUUCAACAAAAAUUCUUACUCGCAAUGAAGAUUUUAAACUAAUUUUAAAUCUUCUUAAGGCAUUAAAAGCGUGAUAUUUCUAAAAAUGUAAACAAUCACGUGAUAUAGAAAUGAAACUAAAAUUGUAUAUCUAACACGUCAAACCAACAUUUUUCACUUUUUCUUCGAACGAACUCUCGGCUGGAACUGCCUUGGCGAUCAACGCGUUAAGUUGAAUGUCGUUCCGACAAAUAAUUAAAUAUACGCUGUGAAUCGAAAGUUGAUCGAACGAACAACGUUUCCGAUGAAAAUUAAAAAUCAGAAUCACCGCAUUGGAAUUUAUAUCGUUUAACAAUUGCCAUGUGUUCCCGAUAAGACUCGAUACUUUGUAAAAUAUAUCCUCAACACUUUUUACUUAUACAUAUUUGUUAUACUGCGCGACUCUGCACAACAGAUUUCUAACCAUUUUCAUAAAUAAUUGUAAAAUCAAAGAAUUUUUCUUAGAUAGUCAUGUACAAUGGUUCGCAGUAAUAUUUAAAGAGGUGUACGAUAAAUUUUAUCACACCUUCCCUAAACCCUUCGAAGGCACCUAUCCCCCAUCUUUUAAUAAUAGAUACACAAUCCAAUUAGAUAUUUUACUGGUGAAGGUUUCAGACUAAACUUUGUUCGAUAUUUUGUGAAUAGUAAAAUAAGUAAAAUUUCAUGUUAUCGACGAUUACUAUCAUUAAUCAAUUUUUCCCGGAGUGUAACACUUUUCGUGUAAAGAUACGUAACAUAAUCUGCGCCAUUUUUUAAAAAAAUCGAACAAGGUUUUGAUCUUUGGACUUGAAAAGUUUUCACUGUUCAAAAUGUACAAGCGUUUUUUAAGUUAGGCUUAUAGUAAUGUAAUAAGGCAAGAAAAAGCGAUAAAACGACUCGAACUAAAUAAUAAUACUAAUAAUAUUAAUAAUAAUAUUAAUAAUAAUAAUAAUAAUGAUAAUUAACCGUUUAAAAUUAAAAUAAAUGAAUUUACCUCAAACACAGUAAACUGUCCAAUUUGUAACUUGGAUGCAAGCAAUCGUAUAAUGUACUAACAGUAAGAGCGAAUAUCAAUAGAAAUCAAUGGUAGUUUUCAAGAUCAAAUAACAUUUUAAAUUUUCUACUACUCCGUUCUAAUAGCUCGAUCACAGUACAUUACGCAUCAAAGUGUCUGCAAAGAGACGUGACUCGAUAUGUCCCAGUCCAGUAUGUUAAUACGAUAUUGAUAAAUGUAUAAUGAGAAUGUUAAAAAACUGAACAAAAUUCAUUCCAUCCAUAAGUUAACAAUUUUUUACAUUUGUAAAAUAAAAUCGAUAAUCGCGUAAGAUCGAGUCUCUCUUUUGCGAUUACUUUAUGCAAAUUUUCGACUGAAGAGAUCGAGAAGAUAUAUUCAUUAUCACGAAAGAAACCGAUUAAAACGACUUGUCCGAGAAUAGAAUGAUAAUCGUGCGUGUAAUAUUUUAUGCAAAUUUGUAAACGCAGGGACGACCAAUGUAAUAGAAGAAACGAAGAAACUUAGGUUUAGAUGCAGUAAAAUCGAGGCCUAAACUCGACGUCUUCGACGCAAAAUCAUAAUUAUUAUACAUUCUAAUCGUCCAUUCUUCCAUCGAACAUCCUUAACAUCUCUAUUGUCCCGAUUACAUUUUCUUCGGAACGAUUAUACUCUCUUGAAAAUUGGCAAUCUAUCCCUCGUCUAUCUUUGAUCAAAUUAAGGAUCUGUCCUCAUCAUCGUACUUAGCAAUUAACAUUAUAUUCAUAUUAUUUUUUACUACGAUGUUCUCCGUUAUGUGAAAAAUUCUCGAAAUUUUUGAUAAUAAAAAGCAAUACAAUAGCUGGUAAAUUUUUGAAAGAUUAUAAUCGUUAUAUAAAUUAUUAUUAUUACAUGAUUAUUACGUAUAAUGUGAGAAGCAACGAGCAGAUCCACGGGAUCUAAAAUCGAAGAUCAGCCGCACCUUUAAAUAUAACAUCGCACGGUCUUUAUCGACACGACGUUUGAUCGAUAGCUAGUGGAAAUUGUUAUAAUUUGCUGGAAAUGUAUGUUGCAAGCCUAGCCAAUAAAAUGCAUAGCUUUUUUUU